UGAUAAAUGCUCGUCGCGUAACUCGAUAGAUAACUCGUAAUAACACUUGGAUCGCUCGUUGAUACAGAAAGAUGCUCGUAAAUAUUCGUAGAUACUAAACUCUUUUCGGUUACGUCGGUUUAUUUAUACUGGUCGGAGGGGAGGGGGGAUCGGAAGAUUCAAAUUCGUCUUUGUUCGACGGUUAUGCGUAACGGCGACAUUGUUUUGCCCGGAGUCUAUUUGUUCUUACAUUACUUGUGUCCUAACGAUCUUGAUACUCCGAGGCAAAACAACAACAUGAUUUGAAUUGUCCUCUGACUCAUGUGCCGCUACACAACUAAUUUUAUGUUGCAAGAUGUUUGAUAAAUAACUACUACGAAUUGAUCAUUGAAAAAGAAAAAUUAAUGGGACUUUCAGUUCGGUUCGGGGCGAGGGUAACGCGCGGACGGAGAGCUCUGUGGAAAAACUGAAGUGUGAAAGGAAAAAGGAAAAGGAAGCACAAAGUGGCAUGAAGAAGAGAAAAUAAAGAGUGAGCAUACGAGGAGAAAGCAAAAGAAAAGCGAAAAAGAAGACAAGAACGAGAGAGAGAGAGAGAGAAAGCUACAAAUAACAAAAACUAGAAAAGAAGAGGUUAGGAGGUCAGAAGCGCGGCAAAACAAAGUAAGGUAGGGAAACGGCAAAUGACAACAAACAGGGGAAGAUCAAGGAGCACUGGUAAAGCGGGAAAUAAGGCAGUCUUCAAAAAUACACUACACAAAUACAGCUUGACGGAAAAAGAGACACCAGCCAGGGAGAAAGGAAUGGAGGCAAUGAUGGAAAAAAAGAGAAAAUGGAAAGAGGAUUCGAGGCAAUGAUCAAGGAAAUAAAAGAUAUAUUCGAAAAGUAAGUGGGGGAGCUGAAGAGUGAAAUGAAAGAGGAAAUGGAAAGAAGGGAAAGAGAGAGAGCCAAAGAGAAAGGAGAGUGAGAAACAUAAUAAUCAAAGAAGUGGACUGGGACGAAGGCAGCAAUGAAGAGACAGUAAAGGAGUUCAUAAACGAAAAAAUGAGGAUAGGAACAGAAGUAGGAAAAGCACAUAUGAUAAAGGUGGGGGGUAAGAACACAAUAAUAGUGGCGACGAUGAAAUCGAUGGAGGAAAAAAUAAGGAUGAUGAAGGAGAAAAGCAAAUUGGAAAAAGGUGUAUACAUAGACGAUGAUCUGACAAGAAAAGAAAGGGGGGUAUAGCGACACAUAAGGGUAGCCAGAGAAAGAAGGGAAAAGGGCGAAUAUAUAAAGAUCGGAUACAAGAAAAUAAAAAUAGAAAACAAAUAGCACAGGUGGAACGAAAAUGAAGAGAGGCUGGAGGAAGAAAGAAAGAGAGGGGAAGAAAAAUGAAAAAAGAUGAAAAAGGAGGAGACUACAAAGGGGAUGAAAAUGUGCUUCUGGAAUGUAGCAGGGCUAAUAAGUAAGGUCAAGAAUGUGUGGGAAUAUCUGAAGACAUUCGACGUGAUCGGACUCACGGAAACAUGGAUAGAGGAAGGCAAAUGGGAAAAAUUAAAAUAUAGACUACCCAAAGAAUUCGACUGGAAAUGCAGGGCAGCAAUGAGAAUAAGGAAGAAAGGAAGAGCAAAAGGGGGUAUAAUGACCGAUAUAAAAAAGGAAUUGAAAGAACUGGAAUACAAAGAAAUAAGUGAUAAUAUGGUGGAAAGAAAAAUAGCAUACAAGGAUAAGACGUUCAAGAUAAUAUGGGUCUAUAAUCAGGACACAAAAGGGACAUGGGAAGAAAUAGAGGAAAAAGUAGACAGAAGAGAAGAGGAAGUGAUGAUCAUCGGCGGAGACUGGAACGCAAGAACGGGAGAAGAGGGAAGGCAGAUAAACGAGGACCCAGGGAAAGAAAGAAGCAGGCGAUCAAAAGACAAGACAAUAAACGCGGAAGGAAGAAUACUGCUAAGGUAUUUAGAAGAGAGAGGCUGGAUGAUAAUCAAUGGCAGAGAUAAAGAAGGAGAGGAGUGGACUUAUAUUGGAGAGAGAGGAAACUCAGUAAUAGACUAUUUGAUCGGAAACCAGGAGGCGACAGAAGAAAUAAUUGACAUGAAGGUAAGAAAAAGAACAGAGUCGGACCAUAUGCCACUAGAGGUAGAAAUAGGGGGGCCAGAACUACAAAGAACCGAAGAAAGGGAAGAAGAAGAGAAGGAGAGAAGGGAGUGGAGAAGGGAAAGCAUGGAAAAGUACCUGGAGGAAUGCAAAGACUGGACCUACGAGGGGAGAACAGUAGAGGAGCUGUGGAUAGAAAUCAAAAACGAAAUAGAGGAAGCAAUGCCAAAGAAGAAAGUGAAGAUAAGGAAAUGGGGCAUGGAAGAGAAUGUGUGGCACGACAAGGAGUGGAAAGAGAGGGAAAGAGAGGUGAGAAGGAAGAUGACAAAGUUGAGGAAAGGAAAAUGCAGCAGAGAAGAGCUAAUGGAGGAUAAAAAGGCAUUCAAACAAUGGUGCAAAGAAAGAAAGGAAAGACACGAAGAAGAGGAAAUGGAGAAAAUCAGGAAGAUUAAAAAAGAACAAGAAGCAUGGAAGUACAUAAACAAGUAUAGAAGAAGAAGAGAGGGCAUAGAUGAAGAAAUAAGCGAAGAAGAGUGUAAGAAUCACUUUAUGAAGAUUUUAGAAGGAAAAGAGCACAAAGAGGACAGAAAAACGNGGGCAGCAGGGUGA